UAUGUAUCACUGUUCUCACCGAAUGAUCACUUCUCAUCCACAUCUCUCUCUCUCUCUCUCUCUCUCUCUCUCUCUCUCUCUUUAUAUAUAUAUAACCAGUGGUUUUUGGAGUUCAAACUUGAAGGAGAUCGGUGACAGUAAGGGUUUGAAAUAAAGCUGAAGAGGAAUAAGCCAUCAAGAAGGCCGGUACCCAGUACAGGAGAUAAGAUAUAUGUACAGUAGUACUGGAGGAAAUUACAAGAGAGAGAGAGAGAGAGAGAGAGACUCUAUUAUUAAUGUUUCUUUAAUGGGUAUCUUCUGUUUUCACUUUUUUAUUAGCCAUCUGAUAAGGGUUUCAUUCAGAUCUUGAGGAUAGUACAGCUAUCCUCAGCCGCUGUGCCACCAAGAGAUUAAAAAGUUCAUCCAUGGCUCCUCAAUGAAUGUUUGAAAGUUUCUGUGCUCAUCAUCUACAAAUUAAUCUCAGUGAAUCUAGAGAGAGAGAGAGAGAGAGAGAGAGAGAAGAUGAAUGGUCUGAUCUUAGAUGACAGCAUCUCAAACUUGACGACUUCUGCAAUAUCAUCCAAUGAAGCAAGCGUAUCUUCACCAAGCCAACCACCGCCGGCAAAGAAGAAGAGGAAUCUCCCAGGCAAUCCCGACCCGGAUGCAGAAGUGGUGGCUUUGUCGCCCAGAACCCUAAUGGCGACAAACAGAUUUAUCUGUGAGAUCUGCAACAAAGGGUUUCAGAGGGACCAGAACCUGCAGCUCCACAGAAGAGGGCACAACCUGCCAUGGAAGCUGAAGCAAAGGGCGAACAAGGAAUUGGUGAAGAAGAAGGUGUACGUUUGCCCGGAGCCAAGCUGCGUUCACCAUGAACCUUCAAGGGCCCUGGGAGACCUCACUGGCAUCAAGAAACACUUCUCUAGGAAGCAUGGCGAGAAGAAAUGGAAGUGUGACAAGUGCUCCAAGAGAUACGCGGUUCAGUCUGACUGGAAAGCCCAUUCCAAAAUUUGUGGCACCAGGGAGUAUAAAUGUGAUUGUGGAACCCUCUUCUCCAGGAGGGACAGCUUCAUCACUCACAGAGCCUUCUGCGAUGCCUUAGCUGCUGAAGAGAGUUCUAGGCCAACCACAGCCAAUAACCCACUUCAACCAUCCUCCCAUUUCACCUUCCCACCAUUUCCCCUCAAAACAGAACAAGACCAGCUCCACCACCACUUCAACCCCAGACCAGCUCCACCACCAUGGCUGGCCACCCAACCAGCCGCCACAACCGGUGGUGGCUCAGCUACCCAUUUAUUCUCUCCAAGGUUAGACCUCCCAUUCAUCCCCCAUGAAAAUCCAAACCCUAGCCCUAGCCCUAGCCCUACUCCGCCACUUCCCCCAUUUCAGGCCACACCUUCCCCUCACAUGUCGGCCACAGCAUUGCUCCAAAAGGCAGCCCAAAUGGGCGUAACCAUCGCCAAACCUUGCCCAUCAUUGGCUGCUUCUACAGUUGCCUCUGGCAUUGGCUUUUCCUCAUCAAGUGAAGAGAUUAUGAUCGGCUCUUUGCCUCCUGGAAGCGGGUUUGAAGGGCCGUCCUUUGAGGAAGCUCUGGACGGAAUGUUGAAUCCCAAAUUGGAUGGUAAUUUUCAGCAAAUGCUCACAAAACAGGCGAUGAUGAAAACCCAUUUGAUCAGUGGAAGCACUGAAGGCGGCGGCGGCGACGAUGGCUUGACCAGAGACUUUCUGGGUCUUAGAGCGUUCUCCCAUGGCGGCUUGCCGAACAUGGCCGGGCUCGCUCGGAUAAGCUCAUCUCCUUCAUUUGAUCAGCGGAACCAAAAUCAAGCACCGUGGCAAGGUUAGCUUAAUUAAUUAAUUAUAUAUAUAUAUAUAUAUGAGUGAAGCGUCUCUAUCUUGUUCAUUAUUCUACAUUUGUUAUUCUGGACAGGAAGCCUAAGACCCUUUUUAUAAGUUACAUUACAACUUACGAGUGAACAUUGCCCUUCAAUUUCAUAGUUCAAUUAUCUGGUAUCA